AUGGUAUAUCAAGAUCAUUUAUCUAAGAUUGUUCAGCUACGACCUUUGAAAACUAAGAGAGCUGAAGAAGUAGCGUAUCACGUUCUUGCAAUAUUUUUAACAAUUGGUGCUCCAGCAAUAUUGCAAUCAGAUAAUGGUAGAGAAUUCAGUAAUCAAGUCAUAUCCAAAACAUGCGCUAUGUGGAAAGAUGUUAAGAUAGUUCAUGGAAAGCCUCGUCACAGUCAAACACAAGGCUCAGUUAAAAGGGCCAAUCAGGAUAUACAGAAUAUGCUAACUGCAUGGAGGAACGAUAGCGAUACAAAUAAAUGGACAGAAGGUUUACCCUUUGUACAAUUUGCCAAGAACACUACAUACCACGAAGGAAAACGCCAAAGUGUUUAUGAAGCCAUCUUUGGCGUUAAAGCAAAAAGAGGCGUAGCAUCGUCUUUUUUGCCUAGCGAACAAAUCGAAAAUAUCGAAACCGAAAAACAACUCAAAGAAAUUGCCAAUGCGUUUGAAACCAAAGAACAGCUUGAAGAAACUGGUAAUACUUCUGAAAAAAUAGGUGGUCAUACUGAGAACCAUAUUCAGAAGAAAAAUAUUCAAGAGGUCUUGCAAUCUACCAUGUCUUCCCAUCAAGUUCUGACUGAAACCGACGAGUUAAUUUCUAUAAAAAGACCAGCUGCGAAAGAUAAUCUUCAACUGCAGGCAACAAAAAUGUUACGAAUCUCAAAAAAACAAUUUCCUCCUGCUCAAAUUGGUGAUACUGUACGAAUGCAAGUCCUUGAUGUCGACCGUGGUCGUACAGAUAACCGAAAUGUGUUAGCGGUUGCUGUUAGAAUAGGAGACUUCUAUAAACUAUAG